AUGUACAGAAAUGACAGAAAUGACAGAAAUGACAGAAAUGACAGAAAUGACAGAAAUGACAGAAAUGAAAUGAAUGAGAGAGAUGAGAAGAUGAGGAGAGAAGGAAGGAGAUUGGAGAGAAGGGACGAUGGGAGAGAAGAGAAGAUGAGAGAGAGCAGAAGACCAGAGAGUUCAGAUACUGUUCGUGGGUACGCAUACCAUAGGCCAGCCUAA